CAUAAAUUCUCCUUAUAGACUCUGUAUGUCUUUCCCACCAUGGACUUCUGAAACUUCUGCUGUAGAAUGUUAACUUACUCACCUCAGGGAAGUUGGAAGCUUUCCAAGGUAAUCUAUUAGGAAACUUGUGUAUAAUGCAUAUGGACAAAUUCAAGAAACUGGCGGUGAUGAGACUGAUUGUGUAUGGAGGGGAGGAUUUGGAGAGCAGCUCACCCUGUUAUCUUAGCAGACGGAACCCCAUGGAAUCUCUGAUGCCACGGGGUCCCAUGACUCAAUCUGCACCCAAAUGUAGACAUGGGUGGGGCUCCGAGGGGAGGUAUGGUCUGGUGUGGUUUCUCUCUUUUUUCUUUAUUCAUCCAGUUCCCUCAACUGUUCAGCCACUCCGGUCUCUGAGCUGCAGGCUCCCGCACACACAGAUCACACCCAGCUGGUGCCUCAGAUCAAACCAUGGCCAAGGCUGAAUAUUUCUUCUGGACUGCUCCUGAUAAUAUGACAUGGUAUGACUUUGAGAAAGAAUUUGAAAAUAUCACCGGAAUGCCACCCACUGGAGAUUAUUUCAGCCCCUGUAAGAGAGUUCCAAUAACCAACAGGCAGACUUUACUUGUCUUUUAUGCACUGGUGUCCCUGCUGAGCUUGUUGGGAAAUUCGCUGGUGAUGCUGGUCAUCUUACACAGGCGAAGGAGCUGCUCUGUCACUGACGUCUACAUCCUGAACCUAGCCAUUGCUGACCUUCUCUUUUCAAUGACCCUGCCCUUUUGGGCUGUCUCCAAGUUGAAAGGCUGGAUUUUUGGCACACCUUUAUGCAAGAUGGUCUCACUCCUGAAGGAAGUCAACUUCUUCAGUGGUAUCCUACUACUGGCUUGCAUCAGUGUGGACCGAUACCUGGCCAUCGUCCAUGCUACCCGCACACUGGCUCAAAAGCGCCACUUGGUUAAGUUCAUAUGUCUGGGCAUUUGGGUUCUAUCUUUGAUUCUAUCUCUGCCCUUUUCCAUCUUCCGCCAGGCAUAUAAGCCAUAUGGUUCUGAAAUAAUCUGCUAUGAGGUCCUGGGUGAAGCCACAACAAAUUUUCGGCUAAUGUUGCGUGGCCUGUCCCACACGUUCGGCUUCCUCCUGCCACUGCUGAUCAUGCUGGUCUGCUAUGGGUUGACACUGCGCACGCUCUUUAAGGCUCGCAUGGGGAAGAAGCACAGGGCUAUGUGGGUUAUCUUUGCUGUUGUGUUUGUCUUCUUGUACUGCUGUCUGCCCUACAACCUGGUUUUGCUCUCAGAUACUCUCUUAGGAGCCCACUUGAUUGAAGACACCUGCAAGCGCCGCGGUGACAUUGACCAGGCCUUGUAUAUCACUGAGAUCCUGGGAUUUUCUCACAGUUGUCUCAACCCCAUCAUCUAUGCCUUUGUUGGGCAAAAUUUCCGCCAUGAAUUCCUCAAGAUUCUUGUUAACUGUGGCCUAGUUCGCAAGGAGUUUUUAGCACAACAUCGUGUUGCCUUUCACACAUCUCUUACUGUCUGUUAAGCCUCUGAAAAUUACCUGGGAACAAUCUCUCUUCCUCAAAGUAAAGAAUAUUGUGCCAUUGUGCUCUCUCUCU